AAAAAAAACUACAUUUGGUUUUAAAGCAUUUUCUGCCCUUUGGAGAUUCUCUGCUGUGUUUGGUUUUUGAGGUGUUGUGAGCUGCGCAAUAUCGAUUCAGAAACAAGACUGCUCCCAUGGCUGAUCCUGAACUUGAAGCUAUUAGGCAGAGGAGAAUGCAAGAGCUCAUGGCUCAACAUGGCACUGGGAAGCAGGGAAAUCAGCAGAAUCCAGAUCAAGAGAGAGCACAAGAAGAUGCUAAAAGGGAAGCUGAUGAACGUAGACAAAUGAUGCUUAGUCAAAUCUUGUCUUCCCAAGCCCGAGAGAGAAUUGCUAGAAUUGCACUGGUGAAACCUGAGAAAGCUAGAGGCGUAGAGGAUGUUAUUUUGAGAGCUGCUCAAAUGGGACAGAUUGUUGAGAAAGUUUCUGAGGAACGGCUUAUAACCCUGUUGGAACAAAUAAACAGCCAAACUAGCAAGCAGACCAAAGUCACGAUCCAGAGGCGUCGUGGGGUGGACGACGAUUAGGAAGAAGAAGAAGAUUAUGAUGUGUUUUGUAUAUCUAUGGAGAUCUUACUGUUGAGUUGGUGCGUUCUAGUUAGAUGUUACUGUGAAAUAUGUUUAAUGUGAGUGAAUCUUUAAUGAUCUUCCAAAAAUGGUUGGGAACUUGGGAUGAUAAGAGUAAUCUUAAACUGAAACUUUGCUUUUUCCAUUUUCCUCUGAACCAUCUCUAUCUUCAUCUUCCUCUCCUCGCGUUGCGUAUUGUGA